GAACAUUGAGACCCGUCUCAGUACAUACAUAGCCUAGUCUUUGUUGAUGAUACACUGUCUUCCUUGUGCAGCUGACUCAGUUGCUACUGUAUCAACUGUAGGUUUGAAUUAGAUAACGUUCUGGAGAUACUCUGAUAAAUGCCAGGUAGUAAUGUCCUGUCAAAAAAUAAGAAAGUUUAGCCAUGCGUUAUUGCAGAAAAGUAAGGCAGCUUCGCUUUGCAAGGUUUUAAAAACAUCUGUUGCGUCUUAUGGUAACGUGGCAUCUAGAGGUCCGACCAACCAAAUAGUAAAAUGCUGCGAAAAUGGUCAAAGUUGUGGAUCAAAUUCAGGUAUCCAGGCUACAGGAUCCCCAGCCACCCCAACUUCUCCAUCACCCGCAAAUCACAGACAAGUCGCGGGCAAGAACUUUAAGGAGGUGUCGCCGACGUUUUCUGAAAGGGCAUUCACUACAGCACCCAAGAUUGACUCCAAGAUUUACCUUUGGUCAAGGUAUAAUGAGAUGAAACGACUUGUGCACGAUUUGAUUCCUCCAGGUGUAUGUAACUUACUGAACCCCUCCACCAUCUAUGCCAACAAUGAGGUUGACUUGGACGAAGUGGAAAUCUAUGGCUUUGAUUAUGACUACACGCUCGCUUUGUACUCCAACACUCUUGAUACAAUGAUCUACAAUACAGCUCGAGACUUCCUUGUCAAACACUACAAGUAUCCAGAGGGCAUUAGCAAGUAUGACUAUAUUCCCAACUUCGCUGCUCGUGGUCUCCACUAUGACAUUCAGAAGGGACUGUUGAUGAAAAUUGAUGCCUUCCAUUACAUUCAGCUGGGGACUGUAUACAGGGGUCUGAAUCCUGUCCCAGAUGAGGAGGUUUUGGAGCUCUACGGUGGAACUAACCAUGUCCCUCUUGAGGAAGUCAGUGGCUUCUAUGGAAAGGGUCCUGUGAUGAAGCAGUUCAUGGAUGUUUUCUCCAUCCCAGAGAUGACUCUCCUGGCUGCUGCCAAUGACUACUUCAACUCCAAUGACAUUGAAUAUGACCCUGGUCAUCUCUACAAAGACGUUUCAGAUGCCAUUGGAAUGGUGCAUAUCAAAGGCUACAUGUACAAGUGGAUAAUGCAAGACUUGGAGAAAUAUAUCCUCAGAGGAGAUGAGACAUAUGCAGUUCUACACCGUCUGGCAAGCCAUGGCAAGAAGCUCUUCCUUAUAACCAACAGCCCAUUUAGCUUUGUAGACAAAGGGAUGAAAUACAUGGUAGGAAAGGACUGGAGGGACUUGUUUGACAUUGUCAUUGUUCAAGCUGACAAACCACACUUCUUCAACAGCUGUGGCAAACCUUUCAGACGUUUGGAUAGCAACGGGGACCUUCAGUGGGACAAGAUCAAGAGCUUGGAUAAGGGCCAGGUCUACAAACAGGGCAACCUGUUUGACUUUCUCAGGCUCACAGGAUGGAGAGGAUCCAAGGUGCUGUACUUUGGAGAUCAUCUGUACAGUGACUUGGCAGACCUGAUGCUGCGUCACGGCUGGCGGACGGGAGCCAUAGUACCGGAGCUGGAGGUGGAGACCAGGGUUGUGAACACGGAGCAGUAUGCCCAGGGCCUCACCUGGCUGCAGGCACUCACCGGUCUACUGGAACGCAUGCAGAUGCAUCGAGAUCCAGAGUCAAAGAAAGUUCUGCAGGAUUGGCUGAAGGAGAGAGAAGAGCUUCGAGCUGUGACCAAGAACCUGUUCAACCCUCACUUUGGUAGCAUUUUCCGCACCUGCCAUAACCCCACCUACUUCUCCCGUCGCCUGUGCCGCUUCUCUGACGUCUACAUGGCAUCCAUCAGCUGUCUGCUGAACUAUGACCUCUCCUACACCUUUUACCCUCGUCGCACCCCCCUGCAGCACGAGGCGCCCCUGUGGAUGGACCAGCUUUGCACUGGCUGCAUGAAGACUCCCUUUCUGGAGGAGAUGGCUCACAUCCGCUGAGAGGGGCAAUCCAAGAUCUCACAAACCGCAAACUGAAUAUGAAGAUGCAGGAACUGAGGCUAAGCUGAGAGUAAGGAGGCAUGGUGGACAACACAGAACAGGUUAAAGGUCUGCACGGAUCAUGAGUGCCACCUGCUGGGUUAUUGUAUGCCAGUAGGCCUACAGUAGUAGCAUAUCAAAAUAUCUGCCUAUUCAACUCACCCAAUAUCACUUGGUUGACCAGGACAUUUGAUGGGUUUAGCCAUUAGUUUUACUUUUUAGGUUAGUUAAGGUUGUAACUUGUUAUCCACACCAUGUACAAACGUAUGCUUUUGAUAUCUGUCACAUGACUUUUUUAAUCUCAUUUUAACCAUUUAGCCUGUAAUGGACUGAUGUCAUAUAAUGACAUACAGUAUCUUAUGACUGCAUCAGUUUGAGUUUUGAGUAAUGGAUCUUGAUUAUUAGAAUUUUUUACAAGUAUGUUUUAAGUCAUUGGUGUUACCGCCUUGAAAAUCACUCAUUACAAAGGACCUUGAGAAUUCUCUUCAGUGAAAAACUGUUAUUGGGGAGGGGCCUAUAUUAAAGGAAAGGAUUAGUUAAUCAAACCCUUUUACUAUGUCAUAAAUGUGAGGAUUGAGAAUUUUGUGUUUAAAUAAAGUGUCAUUGGUGUUG